AUGACCAUGUCUGCUCUGGUUCACGACUCGCCCGACCGAGCCGUCACGGCCAUCGAGCCCCUGACAGGAAGCGACAACUUCGCAACCUGGAAACGCCUCAUGACCUCCUACCUCAAGUACGCCAAGCCCAUUACGGCGGACAUCCACCCCCUGGUGGAAUCGCACCUCGUGGGGGCGGUGAGGCAACGCGCCAUCGAAGCGCGCCUCGAAGUGGAGGUCCAGGCAUUCGAGCGCCACCGUGAAUGGUCGCGCCGCGAGGCCGAAGCCUACCACACUAUCUUCCGGUAUCUGUCCCCCCAUAUCAGUGUCCAUGUCGCGGGGCUGGAGACAUCCCGGGACCUCUGGAAUGAUCUCGAAGAACGGUACCGGCGGAUGGAACUCGCCACGUUCUGCGAGCUGUUCGCUCAGCUGCGCGAGACCACCGGCGAGCGCUGCGGCAGUGCACGUGAAUUCGUCGAUCGUGUACGGAUGCUAGUCCAUCGAUUGAAUGCGAUCGCCCCUGGUUCCAUCGGUGACAAAGCGCACAUUGCAAUCCUACUGACGCAGAUCGGACCGGAAUACAUCCUGAUUGUGGAUGCGAUCCAAAAUGACAAGGAUCCUGUCAACCCGGCCAAUAUCGGCAACCGUCUAGCGAAUGCUGAGCAGACAGUGCAGCGAAAGGACGCUGCGACAUUCCCGCAGCGAGUCUCCAGCGGAACAAGCAACCCUUCCAUCAAUACGGUGCAGAAGAACACCAAGAAAUGCAACUACUGCAAGAAGCGCGGUCAUGUAGUUGCGGAAUGCUGGAAGAAACAGCGUGAACAACAACCGCCCAGGGACCAUGCCCUGAAGACCGAACGGAGUGUUUCCGGCUCACCAAGAAACAACAUGCAAAAUAUACCAUCAAGCCAGAUGGAAGAUCGGCAGGGCCCGCCGACUUUCAAGAGACCGCGGAUCAAUAUCGUGAGGGCGAGGGUGACGACCCUUUAUACCCACGCACCGCAACCCCGGUGGAUCCUGGACUCGGCCGCCACCAGCCACAUCUGCUGGGACCGCAGCUGCUUCAGCAGUCUUCGGCCUCAUCGCGAGAUGUUGGACACGGCGGGCGAUCCAGUGGAAGCCGAAGGGAUUGGUACGGUGAAGCUCACGCUCCGGGGGAAGUUCAACCAACCCCUAGUGUUAAAGAAUGUAUACUUCGCGCCACGCGUCGGGAUGAACCUGAUCAGCGUGCCGAAGCUACUACGAGACCGCUACUCGGUGGUGGCGCACCCGCAGAACGUCUUUGUGCAACGCCGAGGACGGACGGUGGGGACCGCCUACCAUACGGAGGAGGAUCUACUGAUCCUGCGGUGCCAUGUGAGCAAAAGAUCCCGAGAGCGAGUCCAACUGGCGAGGGCGCCGGCGACCCAUGACCAUGCAGAUUCCCUGGAACCGCAGGCGGUGGCCAUGGACGUCGACGACCCUCAGGAGUCAAGUGACGUAGAAUGUACAGCGUCAACCUCUGAACUCGGUGGUGAAGCUCGGAUACUCGAAGCAGAUGCGGGCACAGGAGUGGACCAGGCCCCCGAAGCGCUGUGGCACGCUCGGAUGGGACAUCUGAACCGGGGCGACUUGAGGGUGGUCCUCCGGCAGACUGGCACUCCGUACCGACCGCUGACACAGGCGCAGCUGCAGGCAACGCCGCAGUGCCCAGCGUGUAUGUCGGGUAAGCAGCAUCAGAAGAGGAACUCCCGUGCACGACGGCCACGUCUGCAUUCAACGAGAAUAUUCGAAUUGAUCCAUUCGGACAUCAUGGAGAUGCCGAUGGCCAAAGAGGGCUCCAGGUACGUGAUCACCUUUACUGACGACUAUUCUCGAGGCUCGUGGGCCUAUGCCAUGAGAUGGAAGCAUGAAGCGCUCCAGAAGUUCCGACAAUUUGAGGCCUGGGUGCACCGACAGUUCGGCGCCCAGAUCAAGAGGUUCCUCACCGACAAUGGAAGAGAAUACCUGCCGAUCGGAACACACCUCGAAAGCCAGGGAGUUGAGUUCGACACCUCGCCGCCAUACUGCAAAGGACAGAAUGGACUGGCCGAACGCACCAACCGCACUAUCCGGGAGCGGAUCAACACGCUCCUGUCCGAUGCGAACCUACCUCCUUCCUGGUGGUUCGAGUUAGUGGACACUGUGGUCUAUCUGAAGCUGCGCGCGCCAGCUUCAAUCCUCCAGAAAAAGACCCCGUACGAAAUUAUCUACGGGAAGCCGCCAUCACUGUUACAUCUACGACGGAUUGGCUCCCGGGCAUGGGUCUUAAUCCCAAAAGAGCAUCGAGCAAAACUCGGAGCGAGAUCGUCUGAGUGCCGACUGCUAGGUUAUUGCGAGCCGAAUCAGUACAAGCUCUAUGAAAUCCAUUCGGGAAAGACGGUCUUUUCCCGUGAUGUCGAGUUCGACGAGAGGACCCCGGUGGCGCCACUCGUCGAGGGGGAAACAGGCAAUGACCACCCGGACAACGCUCCUCCAUCGCCCGUCUUUCCAUCAAUGCCGAGCUCAGCCAGUGGGCUACCUACACCACCUCCAUCGCCAUUACCUCUGUCAGGUGAUAAAGAUAAAACGCCAUCUGAGCGUGACGAACAGACACCUCCAGUGGUCAAUCCAAGCCAACAAGGAACCGACUUGACAUCGGAUCUUGGGUAUUCAAUCUAUGGUCGCAGACGAAGACCGUCACGGCGCCUCCUGGAAUCACUCGGCAAGGUAUACUCGGCAGGCACAUUGAACACUGCAUCGGACAGACAAGUUGACCCGACGACCUUUCGUGAAGCGGUGUCUGGAUCAAACCAGCUGGAAUGGUGGGCCGCCAUCCAGAAAGAAUAUGCGUCACUUCUCGAACACGGAACAUGGGAAAAGGUCCCGCGAAAGGACGUUCCCGCCACAGAUCAUCGCGAUUGGUCAUUAAAGGGCUACCGGCAGAAACAUGGUAUCGACUAUCACGAAACAUUCGCCGCGGUGUCACGGAUGGACUCCGUUCGCUGCAUUGUUGCCAGUGCCGUGCUGCGCGGAUGGAAACUUCACCAAUUCGAUGCGAUCACCGCAUUCCUUCAUGGUGAUGUCGAUUCGUCUAUCUAUAUGGAGCUGCCCGAAGGCUUCGAAGAACCAGGAUAUGUGUGUCGGCUGCGCCGCUCACUAUACGGCCUGAAGCAGGCCCCGCGGAUUUGGUACCAAUGCGUCCACCGCGUCCUGGCUUCUCACGGCUUCACCAUGGCCCAAUCGGACAACUGUGUCUUCUACAAACCGGACUGUGUCGUUUGCGUUUAUGUCGAUGACUUUCUUGUUGCUACGGCAAACACGUACGAAAUAGAACAAGUACGGCGGGCCUUGCAAACAGAGUUUCGCCUAAACGACCUGGGCACUCCACAAUCGUUCCUCGGGAUCCAAUUCGACUAUCACAUCGAUGGGUCCGUGUCUAUUCACCAACACCAGUACAUUCAGAAGAUACUCUCCGACUUUGGCAUGGAGACUUGCCAGCCGAAGUCUACGCCGAUGAAUCCCAAGCAAACCCUGAACCAUCGUCCAGAGGAACCUCCAGACGAGGAAGGAAAAGCUCGGUAUGCGACUGCCAUCGGUUCGUUGAUGUAUCUCAUGGUUGGCACGCGACCGGAUAUUGCAUUUGCGCUGGGCGUGUUGAGUCGCUUCACGUCCCAGCCGCAAUCGCAUCACCAAGUCGCUCUGCAGCGAUUGCUUCGCUACGUCAAAGCCACGCAAUCUCAUCGCAUUACCUACCGCAGUGGGCAGUUGAUCGGGUACACGGACGCCGACUUUGGGGGCUCCGUCGUCACUGACGGAGCAUACUCCACCUCGGGCUAUGUGUUCCAGCUUGCAGGGGCGCCAGUUUCCUGGUCGUCCAAGAGACAGGGGGAAGUGGCCACGUCUACGACACAUGCCGAAUACAUCGGGCAGUACAACGCUAUUCUGCAUCUGCAGUGGCUCCGCACUUUUCUAGCCGAAACGCAACUGUAUCGGUCGCCGGUUACUAACAUCAUGGCUGACAACCAGUCCGCCAUUGCGCUUUCUCGCAAUCCCGAGUUCCACAAACGGACGAAGCAUUUCAAUGUGAAAUUUCACUAUCAGCGAGCGGUGCUGGAUGCAGGCGAGAUUCAGCUUCAAUAUAUUCCAACUGGGGAACAGGCCGCGGACGGUCUCACCAAACCAUUGGGACCUAUGGCCUUUGCCAAGUUUUGUAGUCUCUUAGGCGUCGAUGCUUCAGAGACCUCGAGACACACCGCGUGA